AUGGCGGAAGCAGAGCCGUCAUACAUAGACUAUGAGGCCUUCUUGGACCCAGACUUCUCGCCAGCUUCGUUCGCCAAUACAUUGGUAACAAGCACAAAUAAUGCAACCGACACCCCGUUAGAUUUAUCAACACCAUUGUCGCGGGUACUUUUUGAUCUUCAGGAGAUCGACACACAUAUCCAUGCAUUGACGACCAGAUCAGCGCUGCCAUUGCUUUCACAUACCCAAACUCAGACUGCUGCAGCCGACCAUAUCCUGAAAGAAUCAGGAACGCAGAUUGCUUCUGUCACGCAAGGCUACGAACGUCUCCAAAAGGAGGUGAUCCAGAAAUGGGAAGCAGCCGACGAAGCCCGCAUUGCUGCUGAAAACUCGCUUGCCACUGUUCGCCUAGCAAGGGCUGUCGCACGCUGCCUGACCCUGGGCAGACAGCUGGAGAGCCAAGUCUCAGAAAUUACAGGCCGAGGACCAACAGGGCCCGCCCUUUCAGUAGGACCAGAUGGAACAACAUCACCGCCAACUGGCAAAGAAGGCUUCCGUGCAUUGGAACGAGCAGCAUACACAAUUUUAAGUCUGCGUGAACUGUUUUCAGCCUCGGCAGAGGGCGAAGAAGGCUAUGGUUUAGAUCGAGUCAAAGUCAUUCGCACUCUGCGCGGAGAAUUCGUCAUUCCCGCAGAAAACAUGGUCAAGUCGAGAGCACAACAGACCAUCAACAGGUUCUCUUUGUCCCCAAAUUCAUCAAGCUCCAAUGGUCAUUCAUCUAUGUCAUCGGGCUACAGGCAAGCGCGUGAUGCCAAGGCAAGACUGGCAACCGCCUCCACAACUCUCUAUCUCCUUUCACCUAUGCCAAAGGGACCAACCACUGCGGCUGAAUACAAGCCCGAACUCUUAUUGUCGACACUACAAGGAUUCAUGCACACCGCGAUCAUGACGUCCGUGAAUACCCUCUCCCGGGCUCUUUCCCAACUCCCAAUCAUGGACCGAGCCCUCGCCGAUAUUUCAGCCCGAUGCCAGGAUGUUGUCGCUAUGGAGACCAUCCUCAGGAGUCUCCGCCCACCGCAACACCCUCUCUUGACCACCAGCACCACAUCUGAGGAGCCAGUUACCGAAUCCCAAACAGGCCUGAACAAGUCCAAUCUCCUGCAGUUUCUCCUUCAAGCUUUAGAUACCUCAUCACUCCCUUCCUACUACUGGCGCUCUCUCGCCUCAUCUCUUAGUCCGCGUGUCCAGGAAAUUGUCAGCCGAGGUGGUGUCUCUGCCCGUGCAUUGCGAUCCAACCGGGAUCGACUGAGAGCCGAGAUCAAGGAGUGUGUACUUCGCUCAUCGCAAGUGUCAGCCACCAGCGUGUCAGCCGAGAAGGGUCGGUCAGGAACUGAGACGGUGGCUGUCGGAAACUGGGACCGAGAAGCUGCGGUGAUGGUCAGUUCAAUUAUUGGUCCUCUCGGACGCUAA